AUGAAGCAGCAAAGACAUUAUUUUGUGUGCAAGAAGUGCGGCCCAGCGUCAUGGAUUUUCUGUGACAGAGCUGCCAAAGCUGAAACCUGCCACCUGUGCGGUGGUCGCUGGCCGAAGUACAAGGAGCAGCCUAGCUCCAAACCUGAGCGGGUCUGGCGAUCCCAACAAGCUGUGCAGCCGAAAGGUUUUCGUCAGGACGGCAAGAUCCACAAAGCGUUGCAUUUUCUUUGGGAGAAGUUUACGCCGGAAGUUCAGCAGGGUCUGGUUGCUGCUGGAUGGAAGCCCAAAGCUGAGCCGAAGCUUGAGGCUCCCCCUGGCCUGCCCAGGUUAGGGGCGGGAGGGCACUUAGGAAAGGGCAAAGGCAAAGGGAAGCAGAGUGAGCCGGCAGAGCAUGACUCAGCUCAUCAGGCCUUGUGGGAAUCGGCAAGCUCGGAGCAGCGAGCAUGGCUUCAUCAGCUCGGCUUUCAGUGCCCCAGCCCGUCGGAGCCCUCAGAUUUGAAGACACUGAUCAACGCGCACAUGGACCAGCUCCCGGAGACGCUUAGGCAAGCAAUAGCCAGUCUUGAGCCGCCAGAGCCGGAACCUUCGGCCACUGAGCAAGUUUUGUCAGCCACGAAGAAAUUCAAGGCAAGCACGAAUGAGCUUCGUCAACUCAUUCAGAAAUCUGCAGGCUUGCAGGUCAAAAUCGACCGUGCCAAAGCCACGUAUGCAGAUCUGCUGGACCAAAUGAAGGCUGUCCAGACUGAAUUGGCUGAUAAGCAGUUGGAGGUCACCAAACUCCAAAAGGAACUGGAGUCCAAGGUCCAAUCUGGAGCCGGGUUGCCGAUUUUGCCAGGAAAGGAGGCCGUCCUUCUGGCAUUAACGCAGUGUGGCAUCACCCUCAGCAGCGAGCAGCAGGCCCUUCUUGAAGGCAGCAUGGAUGUGGAACCUGCGCCUCUCGUUGCACCGAAACCGCAUAACACGGAGGAAGAGAUGCUAGCAUCGGCUCCCCAGCCGCAGGGUGCCCAGCCUCCUGCUGAUUGGCCGGAUGGACCGCGAGAGGGCAAGCAUCGUUCGCGCAGUAGGGGCAGGGCUCAGGGCCAGGGUUCAGAGGGGACGCCAGGCGUGUUUCUAGGCCUGUUGGGACGCUCUUGGGUGCAGCCAGUACUUGCAGUAGUGUCAGUGAGCAGCCUCAGCAGCGAGACCAUGCCUCCACUUCCGCUCCGCAGUCCCCAGUGCCUGUGCAAUGCAUUUCGGAUGAAACCGUUGCAGUGCAAACUAUGCCUGAUGGAAGUGCAUCUAGCCCGGUUUCCAGGGCUGCAGUUUUGGAAGAUCCGGUUUUUGAAGACCCUGAGCUCCUGUGUGCUAUUUGUGCUUCGCCGUUAG